AUGGCCUGGGGAGAUUCCUGGUGUCUUGGGUGCUCAUCAGGCGAGGCUCUCACUAAGGAACUCGCUGGGCACUGGGCUUCAGCGGGGGCUAGGACUUUGGCCGAGGACCUCAUUUUGUCUACCGUGAGGCAGGUGAGGUUCUUGAGGAAUCUCACCCAAGGCAUCCAGUCCAACCAGCGAGCUUCCGCCCAGGCCGUUUCGCAACGUGCCAAGGGGGAGCCGCCCGAGAGGCCAGAACUUGCCCGAAAGCGCCCGGCCCAGGCCUCAACGGCGCACCACACGACUGCUCCCAAGAGCAAGGCAAACAAGGACACUAAGGAGGAGUCCCCCGUGCACUACGAGGAGGAGUCGGUUGAGGAAGAGGAGACAGAAUCAGAGGCUGAGGAUCCGAGGCCGGUGGGAGACGGAGCGCGUCGUCCCCCAGAGCCGCCUGGGCCACCACCGGGCAGCCGCACCGCAUCGGCUGGUGGACGUCACUCCAACCGGGCCGAGACAUCAAAGAAGGAAAGCAAACAGAGUCACAGGCAGGGAGAGUAUCUACCGGUUGCCAUGAGCCGACGUGUGCACAAAGAGGGUGAGCAUUUUUCAUUGCUGGAUCUCUUGCAAUGGAGCAGCUUCGCCACGGUCAGGGGAGACAUUGUGGCAUUCGAUUUACGGGACAGUUCACAUCCUACAGACAGUUCGCAAUGGGUUGCUUUCAUGGUUAUCCAGGUUCAGCUCAACAGGGCAGAUGGUUCCUUGACAGUGGAGGCGAAGAGUCUUGGAGGAGAGAACGUGGCGCUCAGCAAAGAGUUGUCGCAACAGUUCAACCGCAAGCGUGGGAGGUUACACUUCUGCGCCUCCGACCCCUGCCUCCACGAGGACCUUGGAGAUAUCCAUGUAAGCAGUUUCAACUGGUACAGCCUCGAGGGCUAUGCAGAGCACCUCACGGUUUCGGCCCUUCGUUCCGCCCGGAAAUGGGCAGAAACACCACGCGAAGCUGGCCUGGAGGAAGUCAGGGAUUCAGAGGACGAGACUCAUCCUGGUUCAACAGCAGAGCAUGGUGGCGACCCCGGACCCGUGCCAGAGGAGCUGGCUGGGGACGAGGCUCCGCCAAGAGCAGGACAGUUUGUUGCUGGCGGCACGGAAGCACGGCAGGGAGGUGACAAAGGCGGGCGACAAGUGAUGAGCCCCUUGCGGGCCCUGGAGCUGGCAGAUGCCGGGCUCAUCGCUAGUUUCACUACAGAUACAAUUCAAAUGGGCUUGGAAGUCUUCACACAGGCGCUGUUGAAUACAAGCACGCUGGGAUCACUGGGGUGCAGCAUCGCCUGGCUUUUAGUGCAUGUGGAGGCUUCGGAGCGGCACGUUUUCACCAGAGCACUACGACAGAUCAUUUUUGAGAGCUGCAAGAUGUCACAAGUCGGACCCCGCCGAGGUUCGAUUUUUCCGAUUCCACUUGGGGAGCUGGAGGGCUUCAAAGGAGUUGUGAUGGCUUCUCGCCUGUCUCAAGUCCAAGAGCCAGGAUUCGCGGAACGCUGGCAGGUGGAGGCCUGGCUGUUCUGCGCCCUGGCUGGGCUUAAUGGGGUGAGCGGUAGUCUACAGCCACUGGCGCCAGGCCCGACCACGAAGGUGCAGGGCCGUGCCGUGGCCUCCUUGACCAGGACAGUGGAGCGUUUUCUUCAUUUGGGAGGCCAGAGGAGACACCCAGGAGGGAAGACAGAAGCUGGCCGGGCACUUCAUGAGCAUGUAGAGGAUGCUUGGGAUCGUGCUGGCUUGGUUUCGUCGGUGAAGAAACGCGUGUCGGAUGCUGAAACAAUUCAAGAACUUGGUGCAUGGAUCGAUGGCUCCUCUCAGACCAUUUCGGUUUCCGGGGAGCGUUUUAUCAAACUCAUCCAGGCCACCCUCUAUCUACUUAACCAAAGAUUCUUGGGAAAGAAACUAGUUCAGAUCGUGGUUGGUCGAUGGGUGCAUGCAUUACAGUUUCGGCGGCCGGUGAUGGGGGUCUUGCAGGAGGUUUGGAACUUCGUUAGUGCUGCACACCCAACACCAAGCAUGGUUCUUAAGACCCGCAGGGAACUAUGGAACCUCAUCCUCCUGGCUCCAUGUGUGCACACUUUCAUGGGAGCGCGCAUCGACUCGUCCACUACGGCGUCCGAUGCCUCCAUGAGGGGAGGAGCGGUAGGUGUCGCAACCGAGCUUGGUGUCGAGGGGCGUGAUUUCGUUCUCAGUUCCAUAGCACGGAGCAGUGAUGUAGGCACAACCCCCAUCUUGGUGCUCUCCCUCUUCAACGGAAUAGGCGGUUGUUUCAGGAUUUAUGACAUCUUGGACAUCAGGCCCUUAGGCUUGAUCUCGGUGGAGCUCUUUGCACCGGCUAAUCGGAUAGUAGAGAAGCGUUGGCCCCAAGUCAAAACCGUGCCCGAUGUGCGGCUGGUUGACUUGGCAAUGGUCAAGGAUUGGCUGCUCGAAUUCCCCUCGGCCCGAGAGAUUCAUCUUUGGGCAGGGUUUCCCUGCGUGGACCUGUCCAGUGCCAAGGCUUUCCGGCAGGGGCUCGAGGGCCCAUCAUCUUCGUUGGUGCAUGAAAUACCGCGGAUCGAGGACCUCCUUCGAAGAGUGUUUGGACCCGGCGUAGCAGUCAAAAGAACCAUCGAAAACGUCUCGUCGAUGGACCGGAGUGCGGCUGAAGAGAUCUCCGGUAUGUUUCACACCCUACCUUAUGAAUUGGAUUGCAGUGAUUCUGUGCCUAUGAGGUCUGGUUCUCGGAAGCUCAACUUUAUCCUCCAGCAGUUGAACGCGUUGCUUCUAGCUUUCAACAUCUACCUCAUUAUAGGCCAUACAGCCUUAGGAGAGGUGGUGCAACAGACCUCUUUCAACGGAGGUACGGGUUUCUUUGCGGCACCUGGCAAUGUGGAGGACAUGCCCAUCGUGGCGAGCGGCUCCCGGGUGGGGGCGGCCGUCGGCUCGCAGAGGGGACGCCAGGGGGACAUCGCGGCAGAGGGCUUUGCUGCGGCGCGAGGUCACCGUGUUGCUCAUGCAAGGGAUUUGGCAAAGUUGGACAUUGGUGCCGCAAAUAUCGGAAAAGUGGACAGCAUAGAUCCCAACAUUCCUGCAAGACAAGGCCUUGCAUCAUUCUGGAAGUUCAUUGAGCGUUUGGGACCUAUGUUGUGGAUGAUCCUGUUGGCCCUCACGCACGAAGUCAAGAUGCACAUGGUAAUUUCCAGUUCUGUCUAUUCCGACCUCACCACGGUCAUGCCGUCUGAGAACCUUGAGGCUGUGAAGUGUGAGCCGUCGGAGAUACAUCCCAAGCCUGAGGGCGCGCGGCCGAGUCACAAAGUGUUAGACAUGCAACAGGAGGAGCAGCAUCCCCAGUCGCCAGUCUUCCAACACUUCACCACUCCUCCUGGCAGCACUGGAAACCAUUCCAGUGAAGACCUGGGCACCCCAUUGCGUAAGAGCACCACUAGUGGACAGUCCAAAAGAGCAUCUCGGACCUGGGACCACGGUCGCCAAGCACUGAUGGCAGAAGUAGUCCAGAAGCAGAAGAAGAAGGUGAAGCUGGAGACCUCAAAGUCAUCCUCUUGGUGUGUGGCUUGGAUGCAGAGGAUCCUCCUGUCGAGGAGUUUCACCUACACCAUCCUCGCGUUGAUCUUGAUGAACCUGGUCCUACUGGGGAUUGAGGUGGAUGUGGCCUCCGGCAUGCCCUAUGGGGAGUCCCCCGCCUGGUUCGCUGAGAUCAACCUCCUCAUCGUUUUCGUUUUCAUUUGCGAGGUGCUGGGGAUGAUUUCUUGUUUCGGUGCACGGAAGUUCUUCUGCGGUCGCGAGCCAUGGUGGAACAUUUUCGACUUCUGUGUGGUGGUGCUCUCAGCUUUGGAGGUGACCGCGGAGUUCUUUGUGGAGCUGGCGACCAGCGACAUGGACACUGCCAACCUGCGGGUCAUGCGCUUCGUGCGCAUCGCGCGGACGCUCCGUGGGGUGCGCGUCAUCCGCUUGUUGCGCUACAUCGGAUCCCUGCGGACGAUUAUCUUUUCCAUCGUGAGCACCAUGGGCUCGCUUUUCUGGACUCUGGUGCUUUUGGUGCUGAUCUUCUACUGCUUCAGUGUCAUCAUCACCCAAUCUGUGGCAGACUACUGUAGAUUUGAACUCUUUAUGCACGAGAACUCUUGCCCAGACGAGCUUGCGCAGCAUUGGGGCAGUGUGGGGCAGAGCAUGCUAACGCUUUUCCUCGCCAUCUCAGGAGGCCUGAGUUGGGGAGAGGCUUUGCACCCGUUGCCGCCUGUGGGGGCUACGCCUUAUGUCAGUGUGAUGAUCUACGUGGUCAUCACUGUCUUUGCAAUAUUGAAUGUCGUGACUGGUGUGUUUUGCAACACGGCCAUUGAAAGUGCUGGGGCCGAUCGGGAGAUAGCGAUCAUGAAGCAGAUGAAGAAACAAGAUCAACAGGUGGAAACCCUGAAGGAGAUCUUUGAGGAGAUUGACGUGGAUAGUUCGCACACGAUUACGUUUGCAGAGUUGAAGGAGGCAUUCACUUGUGCAAAGAUGGAGAGCUUCAUGAAAUCAAUGGGCAUCAGCACAGAGGAUGUUUGGACUCUCUUUAUGACGGUGGAUGCCGAUGGCAGUGGGGAUCCUCUAGGAUAUCGAUCGAAGAGUUCGUGCACGGCUGCAUGCAGCUUCAGGGUCCCGCACGUGGCUUGCAGGUGGCCCGAAUGAACUAUGAGAACACCGUGCGGGACCCGAUGCGAGACGUAGACCUUCGGACUUCUGGUUGUGGGAAGGACUGAAGAGUUAGACAAGCAUGUCAUAUGGUUUAUUGAGACUGAGAGACAAAGAAAGGAUAGGAAAGGAACAAGAAGGAACAUCGAGACAUGUUGAAACAAUAGAAAAAUAUGAAAGAAUCAAAGUCAAGACGCUUGUGAGGCUUGGUGUUGGAUUGAAUGCGUGUUAGCUGCUAUAGCUAUCUACAGUUUGUUUUCCUUCGGCAAGUGUUCCGAGACUUCCAGUAAGUGGGGUGAGG